UCUGAAAAACGUCAACCUAAUCCCGGCCCGGAGGGCCGAGUGGCAUAUCCCAUUCGACUCAGUUCGUCGAGAUCGGAAAAAGUCUGUAUGUGUGUGUGUGUGUGUGUGUGUGUGUUGUUACAUUUCGAGAUUCGGUCGACGAAAUACAAAAAUAUUUCUCAGAGUGCACAAUUAGAGCCAGAACGCAGACAGUUCUAAAAGAGAUGCACGAUCUAUCUUUCACACGAAAUGAUCAAACAUAUAUCGAUCCCGCUCUCGUACCGCAACGAGGAUCCUUGGCCUCAAAGCCGCAUGGAUAGAUACAAUUAAAACAGUCUGAACAAAAGUGGUGUGUGGUGAACAGUGCAUGCUGUUAAUGGUUUCGGUACGUGAGGAACUAAGCCCAUCGGAUCGCAAAUUUCUACUCUGAGCAGUACAGCUAUUAAACGAAAGGUAAACCGCAGUAAAUCAUUAUACAACUAAUGUUAAUUUGGUCCAUUUGACGAUUCAAGGCAUACACGUCAUUUCGGCAAACGAACACGUGGAAAUCGAUCAUCCUGAAAUCCAUUGUGAUCAAAUGAAUCGUCCCUAAAAGCUUUCUUGCAUGUUCGGAUGAUAUCUGGGCCGUAGAAUUGAUUGAAAACCACGUACGGUUUAGUCGGAAAGAAUUCCAUUGCAGCCUGAUAUGUCAAGGUCAUAGGUAAUCCGACAUAACCAUCAAAUCUGAAUGAGUUUUAAUCGUUUCGCAUCAUCUAGAAGCACACGGAAAGAGCCAAGAGAGGCUGUGUAGGAUCACUCAACAUCAUCAAAUUGCAUGCGAUACUACGAGUCGUUAGCACAAGAAAGAAAAGCCCUUCAACAGGUACAAUAGUUUGUGUAUGACUGGCUGACAAAUCUCAAACAACGAGACAAAACCUCGCCAGAGGGCUUUUAUUUUCAGGCUAAACAGUCAACUCUCACCCGUACGACAACGAUCGUGCGACGGUUGCUGCUGAGCGGCGAUACCGAUCCUGGGCAGUUAGUGCGAAGCAGAGCAGACCACAACCACUCCACCCUUUUCCUCGAGCCACAUGAUCCACCAUACCCAUAGAGCGAGAGGCCGGCGAGAUCACUAACGUAUGCGUGGUCGCGCCACAAACUACAACGAGUGCGUAGGAGUCGCGCAACAAAUAAUACACACGAGUGCGAAACACGGUACCGCCGAGUAUCACGUGACAGACUGCGGUGCAUUCGGGUCGCGGACGCGGCGAGACAGCGAACGUUAAUGCAGCUGUACUACAAGGAGAGAAGUCAAUCGGUCGCAUGAUAUAACGGGUGCGACGCUUCGAAGGCGGAGAAUGCAGAGCAGAAGUAGCAGGAAAACGGGGCCCCCACCGACACAAUGCAGUACAAGGCGCUGAAGAUCUAGUGAAAGUAGAUUGUAUGUAUUAAUUAGAUGUAAGCUCAUGUUAUUAUAGACAGUUUAUUGUUAAGCAGAAAUCUCUACUGUGCCUCGCAUGUGUUAUUUUGCUUAAUUGAGCUUAGAUUUUGCUGCCUUAUCCCUCUUGUUGGCCACUGAUGCUCCUGCAUCGAGUGAUAUUAACUGCCCGGUCUGUUGUUGCACUCGUCAGUUUUUGCCUCGUCUGGUCUCGUUCCGCAAGUUUGCAACAUUGGCGCCCAACCAAAAAACCCUCAUUCGCGCGUAGGAUUCUAGUGCCGUUAAGUUGGUGAUCAGUGAUUUUUUAGCGAAAGGACGGUGAAACACAGGAAAACAAACAUGGAUUUAGAGCAUCUUUCUCCAGAGGAACUGGACUUCGAGUUGAUGGUAAGGACUGUAAAAGGAACGAAAGGCCAGGACCGCAAAUGGAAAAUUUCAAAACUACUACAAAUCUUGAGUACAGAGGACGCCGGAGGAGCAUCCGCACCAACAUCAUCAACGCACGUUCUCUCGGACGUCGAUAGCAUAUAUAAAUGCCAAGCCAAACUUCCUCCAAUUUUCCAAGUUUUGGAAGCCGCAUUUCGCCAAAACGAUGAAAAUCAAGCGAGGUUAUGCAGAUCAAGACUGAUGCAUUACAGAUUUAGGCUUUCCAUUAUAUCGGAUCCGAUGAUCACAUCCAAUGCCAGCAAAACGAUGGCCAAGAUAAACAAGACUCUAGAGAAAAUUGAACAUUUUCUAGGCAAUCUAGCUUCUGAGAAGGUGGAAGAAGAACUACCAGGAGAUCCAGAUACACUGCAAAGGCUGAAGAUCGCGCAGCUUCAAUCAAGCAUAAAAGACGCAUCACAGCAGCAACAACUAUUAGAACAGGAACUCCAACAACAGUUGUCUGAACAACUGCAGCAAAAUAAAGACGGUCAAAUUCCGGAAGGACAAUCAACACAGUACGAGCAACAAUAUCAACAGCAGAAUUUACAGCAACAGCAGGAGUUGAUAGGUCAACACCAACAGCAGCAGCAACGAUACCAGCAACUUAGACUCGAACAACAAAGACAAGAACAACAACACCAGCAGUUGGUUAACCAGAUACAACAACAGCAACAGCAGUUAGAACAGCAGCUACACCAAGAGCAAGUCAGACGGCAGCAGAUUGAGUUGCAGUUACAGGAUCAACUAAAUCGACGAAUUCCAGUUUCGGGGUUUCAGAACAACUCAAUCUCAGGAUAUUGGGAUCCACAGCUCCACCAAGAAUCAGGAAUACUUCAUCAGAUACCAGGGUUGGACCAUAUUCCCCCUCACUUACGUGAUGAUUUCCUGCGGUUCUUAAGAUCUCAAAACAGACCUAGUACACCUAGAACACCAAAUCCACAACCAACCGCAAACAGGUUCACGCAGCCAGUACACAAAUGGCCAUUUGAAUACGCUGGACAGCCCAACAUCAUACAGCUAGGUGAAUUUCUGAAUCAAGUGAAUACCUAUGCAGACACAGAAGGAAUGGACGAGCAAACUCUGUUACGGUCCAUCAAACAUUUGCUAAAAGGGCGAGCACUUCAAUGGUAUACUCGUGCUUACCUUAGCCUUUCAACUUGGGAAAUCUUCAAGGCCGAGAUCAAACAGGAGUUUUUGCCGCCCAACUACUCAGAAAUUGUAAAGCAGGACCUGUAUUUGCGUUUUCAAGGUCCAAAUGAACAGUUCACCAGCUUCUACAGAGAUUUAGUGGCAGCUUUUGAGAUUGUGGAACCGGCAAUAUCGGAAUCCGAGAAACUCUUCAUCAUUAAAUCUCACCUAAAUUCCGAUUUCUCGCCAAUAGCUGCAGCUUCUCGAGCAAAUAAAAUUCGUGAUCUAGUUGCCGUUUGCAGGGACUUUGAGGUCUCCAGAUCUUACUCUUUACGAGCUCGUACCCCCUUCACAUCUCGCACUGCUUGGACAAAACCUGAGCCCUCGAUCUUUCAGCGUUCGACCACCAACAGAAUGGACAAUGCAAAUCGUCCAACUUUCAACAGACAGUCAUUUAGUACCGCCCAAGUCAACACGAUGGAAUCAAGUCAAGACAUCGAUGAAGAGCUAGAUUCACUUCGUAUUCAGGAGCGUGAAGUUUUGCAGCAAGACAUGGCAUUUCGGAAUGAAGCGGCAGCAAAUACAGUAGAAGAGGUUAAUGCGGUUCGGAUGCAAAAUAACUGGAGAGAACGAUUAUCCACCAACACAGGCGAAAGCCCGGCUAGAGAAAACAACAACAAUAACAGAGAUCUUGCUUCUGCAAUCGUAUGUUGGCAAUGCGAAAAUUCUGGUCACACCUACCCGAGAUGUCCCAAUCCGAAGCGAUACCUUUUCUGUUACAGUUGCGACAAAAAAGGAUGCACUACGCGUAACUGCGAUGCUUGCAUCUUGCGUUGGAAGCAAUUGGACACUCAGCAUUCGGGAAACCGGCACUGGGAGAACCCACAAUAAGGGGCGUGAGGUCUCCCGA